AUGGCAGACAAGGCCAUCGUAGUACCAUGUCUAAGAUCCUGGUCCUGGAUAUUGAGAUCUGGAGUUGUAGGUGAGCAAUUCGAAGAUGAAUAUCAGUCUCUCGUUCCAUAUGUGAAGAACAACAAGAAUGCAGACAAAGAUUGGUUCCAACUGCAGUCUAACACGGAAAGUACCAGGUGGUUUGGAAAAAGCUGGUUCACCCAUGACCUACACAAAUAUGAGUUUGACAUCAAGUUCGGCAUUCCUAUCACGUUUCUCAUUACUGCUCCAGAAAUGGCAGUUCUUGAACUGGAUGAAAAAACAGCAACUAUGUAG